AUGUAUUUAUACAACAUUUUCUUUUUUCUGUUUGCCGAGACCGUCAUAUUUGCGGAGCUUCAUUUUUCGGCUGAACGUCAUCUUAGCAGUAUUCGUCAGCUAACAUUUGGAGGGCAAAAUGCUGAAGGAUAUUUCAGUUUUGAUGGAAAUUGGCUAACAUUUCAAGCAGCUGGCAUAUCGGAAUAUGGUACAUCUUGUGAUCAAAUUUACAAGCUUGACUUAACUGCUCCACCGGAGAAACAAAUUCCACAAAGAAUUAGCUCAGGUAUUGGAGCCUGCACUUGUUCUUAUUUUUAUCCAGACAAUCGUCACAUGAUCUAUGCGGGUACUUUUCAGCAUGCAAAUUUCACUCCAUCAGUUAAUAUUGAAAGUUGUCCGACAAAAACAUGUCAAACACAACGAGCUAAAACAGACCCACAUUUAAAACAUUUGUGUAAUACGAGUUACACAUGGGAUCUAUUUCCAGAAUAUGAUAUUUUUAAGGUGAAUGAGUUUGGUACAGUCAUAACUCGUUUGACUAAUACGGCAGGAUAUGAUGCUGAAGGAGCUGUCUCUCCGGAUGGUCGAAAAAUUGUAUUUACAUCAUUACGAAGUGGUGACCCAGAAAUCUGGAUCAUGAAUUCGGAUGGAACGGAACCAGAACAGUUAACAGAUGAACUUGGUUAUGAUGGCGGUCCAUUUUUCAGUCCGGAUGGAUCUAAAAUUGUUUUUCGUGCAUCAAGACCGAAUACUACUGAAGGAAUUCAAACAUACAAAGAUUUACUCUCCUAUAAUUUAGUGUCACCACUUGAAAUGGAACUUUAUACAAUUAAUGUUGAUGGUAGUGGUUUAAAAAAGGUUACAUCUCUCGGUGGUUCUAAUUGGGCUCCAUUUUAUAUGCCGGAUAAUCGUCACAUUAUCUUCAGUUCAAAUUUUAAUGAAACUGGUGGCCAUUUUGGGGCAUUUAAUUUGUACAUGAUUGAUGAAGCAGGUGGUGAUGUUGAACGGAUAACUUUCAAUGAAGGUGGAUUUGAUGCUUUUCCGAUGUUUGAUCGAACUGGUCGACGCUUGGUUUGGAGCAGUAGUCGAAAUGGACGUAGUCGAAGUGAACUAAAUCUUUUCAUCGCUGACUGGCUUGAUAAUGGCACAAUGAAUAUUGCAAAUGAAAUGAAGGAAGAAAAUUUGACUAGUUCUAAUUUGCUAAGUAUUAUGAUGAAAAAAAAUUAUCCGAAGAAGAUUGAACAGCUCACUAAUGAUGACAUUAACAUGGCAGGUUCUUUCAGUUUCGAUGAUAAAAGAGUAAUUUAUGAAGGAUAUGGUACUCAUCUUUACGAUGCAGCAUGUGAACAAAUAUUCGAUUUAGACUUUUCAAGUUCAUCACGAAGGAUCAGACGUUUAAGCACAGGUAUUGGUAUUACCCGUUCACCAUCAUAUAUAUCUGAUGAUAAUAUCAUAAUAUAUGCUAGUAAUAUUCUUACGGCUAAUCGCUCCAUCUUAAACAGUUGUCCACGACGAGUAUGUGCCACUGCAAGAAAAUCAUGGAUAAAAGAGAUCUGUAAGCGAUCUCAUGUUUUGGAAUUGUAUCCGGAUUUUGAACUUAUCAAGGUAAACAAGUAUGGUAAUUUUAUUAGACGUCUAACAAAUACAUCAGGUUAUGAUGGGGAAGCAAGUAUAUCCUCAGAUGGAAAACAUAUCAUCUUUACUUCAAGGAGGAAUGGUGAUCCUAAUUUGUGGAUAAUGGAUAUCGAUGGAAAAAAUGCUAAGCAAAUAACAAAGACUAUUGGUUACGAAGGUGGUGCGAAAUUAAGUUCUGAUGGACGAUUCAUUGUUUUUCAUGCUUCACGUCCAACAUCACCUAGUCAACUAUUCAAGUAUGGUUGGCUAUUGCGGCGAUAUAAUGCUGUUGAACUGGCUGAUACUCAAAUAUUUCUCAUGCAUAGUGAUGGAAGUGGCUUGAGGCAGCUGACGAAAAAUGGAACAAAUUUGUGGCCCACAUUUCUAAACAAUAAACGUAUUUUGUUUGCCUCGAGUGGCAUUUUAGAGAAUGACGCAUUUAACAUUUUUGCUGUUAACAUCGAUGGAAGCGAAUUGGAGCAGGCAUGA